UGCAGCACCGUUACGACAGCUAAACCGCUUUACGGGUGGGAUUUUCUAUCCUCAUCUAACCUGUUAGCUGCCCUUGCAAAGAUGUGGAGAACAUAUGCCUCCUGCUGAAGUCUACAGAACAUAACUGACUGAGUUGAAAGCAAAGAGGCGACAUGGCGUCUCGUAUUCUCAAGUAUGCGGUGCUUCUCGAGAAGUACAGGACUCCGCUGCUCAUCACGAGCUGUGGGGGGGUCUUUGGCGCCAACAUGUUCUACCACAUGUUCCCCGACAUGACCUACCGGCAGCUCUAUCAGGCCUAUUCCAAAGGAGAGCCGGUCACUAUGUCUGAAAAGCUCCAGGAUGUUUUCCAGCAGGUGUUAAAGGACUACGGUAUCAGCUCACCUGACAAUUUCUCCGCCUUCGCCUCCUAUGGGUUCCAUCCUGUUGGCGCUGGGGUCCCUUGGCUUCCUGUCGGGGCACAAAUUGGCAUCCCGGCCAACUUCAACAGCACGUCGGAUGACUCGAAAGGAAUCACCAACCGCACCAUCUUCAUCAACGGCAAAGUGGUGGACUGGAGCAGCGAGGUCGGCUCUGCUCUACAGGAGGCGCUGGUGCUGUCCCUCGAUGCGCAGAAGUUCGCCAUAGCACGUGAAGUGGCCCGCUUGCAGUCCGCGGGCCCCGUCUUGAACGCCGCUGUCGCCCCAGUCUGCCUGGGGGGGGUUUGGGUGUCCAGUGUGCUAAUGAAGCAGCAUUUUCGGUCUCUGUUGUUCCGCGGUGGUGUGAACAUUCUGGCGUUGGGACUUGGGGCCGUGUCCUUCUUCCUGGCCUCUGAUUCGGUGCGCAGCUGGAGUGACUACAGCUCGGACCGGAGAGCGGCAGGAGUGUCACGCGUUUACGCCCAAGGAGGGGUGGAGUUUUACGAUAAGAUGCUGUCCAGAAACCAGACGCUGCGCUCCCUGAUGGGGCAGAAGGGAGUGGAGAUGUACAGUCCCAGUGGGAACUUGUUUCCUGCCAAUCUCCUUCAGCUCAAUCAAACUCCGUACACAGCCAGGAGGCAGGGGAUCCUCAAACUGCUGGUGGAGGAGAACGCUUGAAAAUAAAUGGGAGGCGGGAAUGGAUGUCACCUGAAUCCCACAUGUGCUGAGGUGUCCACUGUUUAGUGGCUAAUCUAUGAAACAAAAGAAAGGUUUUCCACUGUACAAAUAAACAUUUUUGAACCCUAUUCAGAGCAUGUGAUGCAAUAUGUUUUUUUUUUUCUCUUCUCAUUCUAGAAUCAGUUGAUCUGUUCUCAAAAUUGAACUCUUUACACGUCAAUGC